AUGCGUGAGAUCAUUACCUUGCAGCUCGGCCAGCAGAGCAACUAUCUGGCAACCCAUUUCUGGAAUGCCCAGGAAUCAUACUUCACAUAUAGCGCCGAAGAGGAGUCACCUAUUGAUCAUGACGUCCAUUUCAGGCCGGGUAUCGGGUCUGAUGGCUCUGAGACUUAUAUGCCUAGAACAGUCAUCUACGACCUAAAAGGAGGCUUUGGAACCUUACGGAAGAUCAAUGCUCUAUAUGAUAUCGACAAUGAUGCAGCCUCAAAUAGUCUAUGGUCUGGUCAGACUAUAGUGCAAAGACAACAACCCAUAGAGGCGAGUUCAUAUCAACAGAGCCUCGACGCUGGCCAAGAACCGCCAGAACUUACCACGAGUACUGUUAGGUAUUGGUCUGACUUCAACCGUGUCUUCUUCCACCCCAAGUCUAUUAUCCAGCUGAGUGAAUACGAACUCAACUCCACGGUCAUGCCCUUUGAGAAGUGGCAUAUGGGGGAAGAGCUUUUUGCUACGCUGGACAAGGAGCACGACCUCUUAGACCGAGAUCUGCGCUCCUUCGUCGAGGAGGCUGACCAGAUGCAAGGCCUCCAGGUCAUGACAGGUAUUGAUGACGCCUGGGCUGGGUUUGCGGCCAAGUAUAUCGAGCGACUUCGGGACGAAUAUGGUAAAACCCCUAUUUGGGUUUGGGGGUCUCAAGAGCCUAAUAGAGGUUUAUCAGGAGAAAAGAGAUUACUAAGACUUGCCAACAAAGCGCGAGCUCUUGCGGAAUUUAACUCACAUGCAUCUCUAACCAUCCCACUUGCACUGCCAGAGACCCCUCUGCCCCCGUCUGUGCGGCUGGACCCUACGUCAACCUGGCAUGUAACUGCUUUGUUCGCCGCAGCUUUGGAGAGCAUAACUCUACCCACACGCCUGAAGACCUCCGAUCACGUCCAUUCAAGUAACCUUGGAAAUAUGACUGACCUUCUCAACGUGUUUGGAAAGCAAACUAUCGCAAACUUAGAGAUAAGUAUAUUCGAGCCACAAAAGUCUCAACAGAAUGUAAAUGGCACAAACGGCGUAAACGGAAACGCCGAUGCUAUGAAUGGACGGGAUGAACGUGUGCGAAACUCAUAUGGCACCGACAUGGAUCUCGACGCUGACUCCGAGUCCGGCUCGCAGAAAGGGAUCGCAACUCUGGAUAUAGACUUAUCCUCUCCUCAGGACCUUAAUAUUAACCAAGCUUAUAGGAGACGGCGACGACGGCGUAUUUUCAGCCAAAUUUUAGCUGACAGAGGGCCAGAGAGCCUAGAGCUGACCGAUCGCGACGGCGAUCUGGAGAUGAGGGACAGGAAUGGCAUGCGACACCGCCCGAAAGUCCACAACUAUCGGUUGUCAGUGGCUUUCCCAAUCAUUGACAGUUACCCUAAAAUUUUUCGGGAUAGCAAUGGCCAUCCAGUGAAAGACCGCGUAUCUGUUCAGACGGCUUUGUCUACGGAUUCAACCGUCACGGACAAAGUGAAAGCUUUACGCAGUGCUGUUAUCCGCUCCAUCAGUCUAGAAGAUCGUGAGAUGAUAGGCAACGAACUCGCUGAGAUCGCCGACAGCUACAAAGAGGGCUGGUCCAGUGAUAGCGAUGAAGAUGACGACGAGUGA